AUGAAGUUAAGGAAGCAGAAGAAGUUGAGGAGGAUGGAGAAGAAGUUAGGGAAGGAGAAAAAGGAAGGAGAAGAAGUUAAGGAUGGAGAACAAGUUAGGGAAGGAGAAGAAGAAGUUAAGGAUGGAGAAGUAGUUUGGGAUGGGGAAGAAGUGAAGGAAGGAGAAGAAGUUAAGGAAGAAGAAGAAGAAGAAGAAGUUUUGGAUGGAGAAGAAGUUUGGGAUGGAGGAGAAGUUUGGAAUGGAGGAGAAGAACCGAAGUAUGGAGAAGAAAUGAAGGAAGAAGAAGAUGGAGAACAAGUUAGGGAAGGAGAAGAAGAAGUUAAGGAUGGAGAAGUAGUUUGGGAUGGGGAGGAAGUGAAGGAAGGAGAAGAAGUUAAGGUAGAAGAAGAAGAAGAAGUUUUGGAUGGAGAAGAAGUUUGGGAUGGAGGAGAAGUUUGGAAUGGAGGAGAAGAACCGAAGUAUGGAGAAGAAAUGAAGGAAGAAGAAGUUUAG